CAUUCAGCCAGUCUGGUGGCUGUUCCUGUGUGUUUACUACACGGACCAGGCAGCAGCAGACACUUGGCUUCACAUGCACCUAACUCACAACAGCUAGCUAGCUAAACACUUUAUAGUUCCAUCUGAAAGAGAAUCUCCAAGAAUCCAACAUGCCCAAGAGAAAGCAGGGAGCCGCUGGGGACGCCAAGGAGGAGCCCCAGAGGAGAUCCGCCCGGUUAUCAGCGAAACCAGCCCCAGCCAAGACUGAACCCAAGGCCAAGAAGGAGAAACCAGCAAAGAAAGAGAAGGCUGUGAACGACAAGAAGGAGGAGAAGAAAACUAAGAAGGCAGCAGCGAAGGAGAACGCAGAGGCUGAAGCUGCUGAGGAGAACCACUCUGAGAACGGAGAUGCCAAGACCAACCAGAUGGAGGAUGCUCCCGAGGCGGAGAAGGAGGAAGCCAAGUCUGAGUAGCAACACUGCCGACCCCUGACCUCCGACCCCCCCCCCCCCCCCAGCCUGCCCCAGUGUUCGUGGUCCCCCUCCAAGGCAUAUUGUUAACAGAGGAAUAUUUUUAUCAGUGAUUUUAUAAGUAUACUAUCUACUAUCCGUACAGAUUUUUAGCACAAAGCCAAGCUGAGUAAUAUAAUGCAGAUCUGCAGUGGUCAUAUCAACAAAGUGUCUGCAGGCAAGAUGAACACACUAAAAUCUUUUUUAAUUAAACAGCAUUUCAUGAUUGUGUAGGAAGGAAAGCGCGUCCCGUCCCAUAGUGAGUUGUGUGUUCCUGUGCCCCCCUCCUCCACAGUUGGUUCUCCUAGGGUUCUACCUUAUUCCUGGAUAAUUAACUGUUUUGAUCCCGUCUGUUAUGUGCAGUGAGUUCCUUUUGCUUUGUCUAAAUGUUCCUGUUUUUACAUGAAACAUGUUCUAAGCGUGUUGAAAGUGUGUUGUCCAAUAAGGAAGAGGAAGAGAGAAAUUCCGGGCACAGUGACAUGCAUGUCUCCUAGGCGACCCUGUAACAGUGACAUGCAUGUCUCCUAGGCGACCCUGUAACAGUGACAUGCAUGUCUCCUAGGCGACUACAGCAGCCGUGUGUGCAACAGCUUUCCAUCUUGCUGGUUUUCUAAACACACUGUUUUUUUUAGAUAAGAGGUUCUCUGAUGUGUGCAGGAGUCUCUGUCCCUCUGAUGUUCUGGAAUUCUCCAAUAAAACCAGUCCUGUCAAUUUUCCUCAAAA